AUGAUCGACAACGGGUACUCGUACGUGACGCGCGACAACCUGCGGUACACGGAGCUGAACGAUGGCCGAUCGUACGCCCAGAUGGGCACGGUUGCGUCGCCGUCCACGGCGGCCAUGGUCAACCGAGGGCUGGUCGACUACGACACGGCGGCGCACCUCGCGAACCACCGGGCGUACGAUCCGGCGCCGCAGACGGCCUUCGAGCGCUACGACACCACCAGCUACGUGCCGCAGCGCGCCAACCUCUACCCACCGGCCGCCUACGGGAGCGCCUACGGGCAGCCAUCUAUCCUCGACGAGGAGCCGAAGUACCUUACGGAGCCGAGCAGUCCCCCGGCCACCCAGCCCAGCCACCACCACGUCGGCAGCUCGAUGAAGAUCGAACUGGACGAGGUCGGCUCGACCGGACCGAUCUACCCCCGGCCGAUGUACCACUACGAUCCGACGGGCUGCGGCACCAUGCCGCCCGGCUUCUCCGCCAUCAAUCUGAGCGUGAAGGAAUCGAGCCCCCCGCCGACGGUGGCGCCGCCUCCGCUGCCGCUGCCGUCGUACAAGGCGAGCACCGGUACGCCGUCACCGCCGGCGGGCGACGGCGGGCGCAAGCUGCCGACGAGCGGGGACGAGCGGACGGGCAAGAUCGGCUCCAGCCGGACCAGUCCCGAGCCCGAUCGCAGCCCGGACCAACACCGGAGCAACACCAGCCCCAGCCAAACGUCGCUCGAUCUGACCUCCACCAACAACAGUGGUGGUACGAGUCCACAGUUUGCAGCGCGGCAUAGCAACAACACCAGCAACAGCAACGGCAGCAACAGCAGGAACAGCUCGAACGCCACCAACGGCAGUGACCCCGUGUAUACUAGCGAGCUCUCGCAGAGCCGAUCAGCCCAGGCCCAGGUGGAGGUGAACCCGGCCAGCGAGUACAGCAGCCCGGAGCGCCCCCUCGGGAUGGGCUUCGCACGGCCCCAGCCCCCGUCGGCGUCCUACAGCCGGGAGUCGACACCGGACAGCGGUGGCUCCUACUACGCCGACAGCUACCGCGAUCAGAGUGGGUACAGUCCGCACACGAGCUACGGCAUGGUGGUGCAGUCGGAGUACACCAACGGCUACGCGGGGUACGCGCCGAACGCCUACCAGUACACCGGCCCGUACGCCAGCUCGCUCGGGUCCGGCGUCUACCCGUCGACGGUCCCGUCCAGCUACCCGGCGAGCUCGGGCGCCGCCAGCUUCGUGACGCCACCGACCAUGAACCAGCACAUAGCGCCCCACGACAACCUGCUGAAGGCUGGUUCUUUCCUGUGCAGUCUCACCGGCUACCAGCGGUUAGAGCGUCCCCAGUUUCCGUCGCAGUCCCAGGAGCUCAAGUGUCCGACGCCCGGGUGCGACGGGUCCGGGCACGCCACCGGCAACUACUCGUCCCACCGCAGCCUGUCCGGCUGCCCGCGCGCCUCCAAGCCCAAGAGCAAGCCCCGCGAUGGCCAGGAAUCGGAACCGCUGAGGUGUCCGAUUCCGGGCUGCGAUGGGUCCGGUCACUCUACGGGCAAGUUUCUCUCGCACCGCAGUGCGUCCGGCUGUCCGAUCGCGUUCCGCAACAAGAUGCACAUCCUGGAGAACGGCGGCACGAUCGAACAGGCGAAGGCGGCGAUGGCGCAGGCGGCCGCGGGCAAGUUCGAGCCCUUCUCCUGCCCGACGCCAGGCUGCGACGGCACCGGCGACGUGGACGGGACCUUCAGCACCCACCGCACGGUCGCCAGCUGCCCGGGAGCAGCCGGAACCCCCCAAGAGCCGACCGCCGGCAGGUUACCCGUCCCCACCCAGCAGCAACAGCAACAGCAACAGCAACAGCAACAACAGCAGCAGCAGCAGGCCCCGUCCAGCAAGAAGCCUCGCUACGGCGACGCCGGCGACGUCCUGGGCGCCCUCGGCAAUCCUGCCGUCGCCGCCGCCGCGCCCAAGUCCUUCAAUGAGCAGAGCGGAGGGGGGACGACAGCCCCGGACGACAUCCUCGCACUGGACGAGGAGAUCACCGAGCUUAAGCGGGAGAAUGCGCGCGUCGAGCUGCAGAUGCUGCGGCUCAAGUCGAACAUCAACGCGAUGGAGUCACAGCUGAACCACAGCGGACCGGUCAAGCUGCUGGAGAUCGGCACCCGAGGCAUCACCUGA